CUUGUCGCUUGUCUGAAUUCCAACUUUUUAUUUUAUGUAUCAAAGUAAUCCGAAAAAUAUUCUGUUUCAAAAUAUGAAAAUUAAAAUAUAUGUUGUCCUCCCCCCCCCAUUUAAAAAUUCAGAAUUUUGCAUGCUCCCCUGAAGACCGCUAGUACCGUGACAAUGAUGAAUGAUAGAAACUGAAUAGGUCCUAAACUAAUAAUGAUCAUGUUUUUUUAUUUAUAGAUUCUGAACGGAGUGAGGAAUGUAUUGAUUUUACAAUGAUGUGUUUUUUUUGUGUAUCUAUGUACACCAUAAUUUGUUGAAACAAAUUGAUAACAGUUUACUGAUGGUUACUCCGCCAAAACACGCCUAAUGCCCUAAUGUUUCAAUUUAAAACUUCAGGGAUGGUUUCCAAUGGAAAAUUGAAUAUCCUUGGUGUAUUAUAGAGGUUAAAAGUAAAAAGUUUCCAGUAAUUUUCAAUAAAAGUGAUGGAAAACGUCAAUAUGAAUAAUAGGUAAUAACAUUUCAAUGGCACUCACAAAUAAGUUAUUGUUAAGUCAAGUAGCUGGUUAUACUAUAGCAGCAAUUCUUUCACUAUGCAUCAUUAUACCAAUGAGUCUUCAUCAAGAUGAAUUUAAAGGACAUUGUCUUUUAUUUUCUUCUGGUCAGUGGCUUGAGAAGAAUGGUCAAUUUUUAGUAAAUUGGGCCUCUCAAGCUUAUUGCAACUAUUCAAUUUUUGUCGGAGUUUUGCUAUUAGUAAUAUCAUCAAUACAGACCUAUAGAAUGUCAAUUUUUGCUUAUAAAGGAACAGACAGUUCAUUUUUAUUGACAUUUAUUGAUGUCAUUACAUGUGUACUUAUGUGUAUAUUUACAAUCAAUGCUGCCCUGAUGAUAACAUUUGGAUUUAUGACAUGGUGUAAUGACAUGAUUGAAAGAUUUCCAUCGUGUGAAAUGGCUGCUGGAAACCCUAUUGACAUUCUAGAUGGAAUUGAUACAUCUGGUUUUUACUUUCAACUUGGAGUAGCUCAGUUUGGUAUAUGGGCAUCGUGGUCUUGCUGGGUUGGCUUGACAGUUUGCACUAUGUGUAAACUUUGUUAUUAUCAUCAAAUGAGCAAUAUGAAAGCUUCAAUGUUACGAGAAAGACAGAAACUUAUUGAUGAAGGUAUGGCUGCACCCACUCGAGUGACAACUUACACUACUCCAACAGAUACUUUAGAUGAAAGUAAUAAUUCUAAAAUUGAAUCACAACCAACAAAAACUAUUGAUGUUAAACAUAUUGAAUAGUUUAUAGUCUAAUAAUAUGUAUAUAUUUAUAUUAUUCCAUUUGAUUAAAAUUACUAUAAAAUAUAUAGAUGAUAAAUUUGUACAUAACAUAUUUUGUUUUUAUUUGAAUCAAUUUAAAUUAAUAUUAUUAUUAUUGUUAUUAUUCAUUUUUUAUUAUUAUUAUUAUUAUUUUUUUUUUUAUCUAAAAUCACUUUUACAAGUUAAGAUUUUUUUUUUUAAACCUUAAUCCAUUAUAAAUAUUCAUGAUUACUGAUUAUAAUUAAUGAAAAUAUUUUGUGUAUUUUAAAAAAUAGAAUAAAUAUCCCUUUAAUGUUUUAUAUAUUUUAUUGUAUAAUAGAUAUCUUACUUGAAUUUAUAAUGUGUGUUUUGUAGCGCCCCAAGUACUAGAAACUGUUUAUAUAGUACUGUAUUAUUUUUGAUAUUAUAGUCUUGAAAUAUUUUUGAGUAUGUGGUUUCGAGUGGUUACUGGUUGGUAAAAAAGGUGGUUUAUGUUUUAAUGGCCUGAAUACACCAAAAUUUAAGUUCUUUUAUAAUUAUUGUAAGCCAAACUUAUGGAUAAUCUUGUAUUACUUUUUCAACUCUUAGCUACUUAUACAAAAUUUUUUAUGAAUUAUACCUACAAAUUAUUUUGCAAAUA